CACUUCUGAUAUAUUAUUCAGAUAUGUGUCACGUGCUCAUCCCUUGUCUUCCCGGUUCGUUAUCAAAAUGGCGGAAUAAUAGAACAACACACGGAUUUAUCUUGUAUUUUUGUUAACAUAAGUUUAUUCAUAUAUAUUGGAGUUUGGGAGAUAAUGUUAUUGAACUAACCAGUGGACACCCAUACCUUGUGUUAUAUAACGUCACACGUAGGAUAUAAUAUGGAUAAAUAUACUUCUAAACUUUUCAUCUUUAUUACAAUAUUUGGUACCAGCGUUCCUCAACAUUUUUACGAUUGUCCGUCCGAUUGGCAGGUUUUUGAGAGUAAAUGUUAUCAUUUUGUAUAUUUUCCUACAUCUAAAUACGAGAGUGCUAGAUUAAAAUGUCAGGAUGAUGGUUCAGCUCUGGUUAGUAUUAACACCUAUGCUGAACACAGUUUUAUUUCAGGCUGGCUCCAACAGCAUGACCCCUUUCAGCGAUCAUGGUUUACAAGUGGUAUGCCUACAUUUGACGGAGCAUCUACUUUUAUAUGGAAAGGUGAUGGUACAACUAUUAAAUCUGAUAGCCAGUUCUGGUUACCAGGGCAACCUCUCAACAAUACAGAUGAUGUAGUUAUAGCCUAUAAAUAUGGUAUAACUGGAUAUGGGUGGACUAUUGAAGAGGCAUCUAAUAAAUUGUCUUAUAUCUGUGAAAUUAGCCAAGAGGAAGCUUACAGAAUAGUGCAACACAACAGAGACUUUGAUUAUGGCUUAAAUGUUAUAGAUCCUAAUAAUUUAGAGAAAGGACCUAAAUUUACCAAACAACCAGAUAGUGUGGUGGUUGUAGGCCAGGUUCUAGAUGGUGAGCUAGAAUGUAUAGCUUCUGGUAAUCCUACAGUACAAUAUAAAUGGUAUCGUAUUGAUGAACGUAGUAGAAAAGAGGUAACAUAUGAAACAGAUCAAAGAUAUACAAUAACUAACGGUAAAUUAUCCAUACAGUCUCCAAAAGAUGAACGGGAUGCCGCCGAGUACCAAUGUGAAGCUAGUAAUAAAUAUGGAACCAUCCUGAGUAACACUGUUACACUGUCCUUUGGUAGAAUAAGUGAAUUCUCUAAUGUACGUGAUGCAGCAGUAAGAGCUAAUGCCUAUGAUGGUGUAGCUAUAGAAUGUAGUAAAAUUACAGCUAAACCAGCUGUUAAUUACCAAUGGAUGAAGGGUAAUACAUUGGGGUUUGUACGACCAGAAUUACAACCGUAUAUGUUUAUAUCGGCUAACGGCAAGUUGUAUUUUUCUGAAGUAACUCGGACUGAUGCUGGAGAAUAUAGAUGUAUAGCUGUUCUAGCUGGUGUUAAUAAACAUUCUAUAGGUACACAGCAACCACCAUCUAGAACUAGUUUACCUAUUGAACUACAAGUCAAAGAUCAGGCGGCUAAAGCAAACUGGGGACCCGAAAUACAGAAUGAUUUUAUUGCUGUAUUUCCACUACCACCAUUACGAGGUCAUGAUGUUAGAAUGGAAUGUUUUGCUUAUGGAUCAUCCACGACACCAUUUACAUAUACUUGGUCAAGAAAAGAUAAGCCUAUACCACCUAGAACUAAAUUCUCUGAUCAUAAUCGUGUUAUUAUCAUAGAGGAUGCUCAGUUAGAAGAUCAAGGAACUUAUACAUGUGUUGUUAAACGUGGUCACUCGGCAAGUGAUACAAAAUCCAUAACACUUCGAUUAGGAGCUGAACCCUAUUUCAUAGCCCCACUACAAGAUCAACAUGUAGAUAUAGCAUCACCGUUGACAUGGCGAUGUGAAGCACGUGGUAAUCCACCUGCUGUUUACACCUGGUAUAAAAAUGGACAACAAUUGAAAUCUGAACCUGGUGUGAUAACAAUACAGGGUAAUGUGUUGUCUAUACCAUCCCUCGAUCCUAAGAAACAUGAUGGUAUGUACCAAUGCGGUGCCUCAAACUUUCACGGUAAAACCUAUUCCAGUGCUCAACUUAGAGUUUUGUCUUUUGAACCCAACUUCCAACGAUUCCCUAUGAUGAAGAUCAGUGAUGGUGCUUAUAAUGGUAAUAUGACAUUAAGGUGUAAACCAGAAGGGGCACCAACUCCAGUGAUAACUUGGUUUAAAAAUGGUGGUCAACUCACUGCAGGGAAUGGUCAUUAUGAAAUAUUAUCUAAUGGUUUUUUGUUCAUCAUUGGAUUACAACAAGGUGAUGAGGCUACAUAUAUGUGUAAAGCUGAGAAUCAGUAUGGAGUGGCAUCUGACAGUACAAGAGUAAAUGUUAUCAAAGGUACAGUAAUAACAGUGGCACCAACACCUACACCUGUAGUAGUUAAUCAAACAGCCUUUCUCUACUGUCAGGCUUCACAUGAUCCCACUCUAGAUUUAGUUUAUAUGUGGAAAUUUAAUGGAAAAACGUUGAAGAGAAACAGCGAUCCACAUAUAUCAUUUGAAGUUAGUACUUCUAAGAUUGGUUUAUAUAUUAUAGCAGCACAAUUACGUCAUGCUGGUACAUACGAAUGUCUCAGUAUUACACCAUUUGAUAGUGAUAGUAGAAGUGCUGUUUUAACUGUUAAAGGUCCCCCUGGUGAACCAGUCGGAGUAUAUGUAGAUGAUGAGUAUGUUACGAAGAAUACAGCACAUAUAAGAUGGACGGUUGGAGCAACUAAUGGUCGACCUAUUAGUUAUUAUGUUCUUCAACAUAAAACAGAAUUUGAAACAGAAUGGUCAACGGUUUUACCUAGUGUAUAUGAAGAAGAUACACUGGUUGAUACUGAAGAUAAGAGAAGAAUUAUAUAUGGAGGACUGAGUCCAGGAACAGCUCAUUACUUUCGCUUGUUGGCAGCUAAUGCUUAUGGUUUAGGUCAACCUAGUCUUCCAUCAGCUGCCAUGACAACACCAUAUGCUCCACCCAUUAAAUCACCAGAAAAUGUACGAGGUGGUGGUGGUAGCGUUGGGGAUCUAACAUUAAGAUGGGAUCCAUUACCAAGAUAUGAACAAGGUGGACCAGGUAUUGGUUAUGUUUUAUACUGGAGAAAAUUAACAGAUGCUGGCAGGCAAUGGAGAACGGAUCGUGUAACUGGCAAUGUUGAUCAGUACGUUCAUACCGUUGGUCAAGAAAAUUUUUAUUUAGAAUAUCAGAUUCAAGUUCAAGCCUUUAACAAUGAGGGAAUGGGACCUAACUCUUCUAUUGCCGUCAUUUUCUCAGCAGCUGAUAUGCCAUCAUUAACACCAACUAAUGUAGCGAGUGAUACCUAUAAUGGUACAGCUUUAGAAGUAUCAUGGGAUCCGGUACCAGAUACAAGAAACACAGCAAAAGGCAAGAUUUUAGGAUAUCAGAUAAACUAUUGGCCAGAUGAGGGUGAUUAUUGGUUGAUGUUUAUACGUCACAGAGGUCAGCGUGAUACAGGAUUAGUUAUAGGAUUAGCUUCUGAUACCAAUUUCUGGGUUGAUGUACAAGUCUAUAAUUCAGCUGGUUUAGGACCUAGGAGUGAAGCCUAUUUCAUGGAGACUUCUCGAUUACCGACCAAUUCGUAUCCAGAAGAAGUACGUGUGUUUUCACAUGGAGCUAAUAGUUGUCGUGUAUGGUGGAGAGGUAUUACAACUACAUAUGAUGAAGCUUUAAUUAACGGCUAUAGAGUUUAUUAUUGGCCAGCUACAGAAGAUUCUUUAACAGGCGAGUCAUAUGAUACAGAUGGUUUAAAAGAUACUCAGGCUGUAUUAGAAGAUUUAGAAGCAGAUGUUGUAUAUGCUCUUAGAGUGGGUGGUAUCAGUGCUGCUGGUGAAGGCAAAAAAUCACCUACAUUAUAUUUUACACUAGGUGGACAAAUUCAUCUAGAUGCUCUUAUGGCAGAAAACAUUCAAGGUUUCUUAGCUAAAGGUUCGAAACUCACUUCAACAAUCUAUUUGCUAAUAUCAUCAUUAUUGUGCUUAUUUCUUCUUAAUUAACUGUACUUAUAAUUUAGUGUUGUGCCCAUCUUUGAUGUUUUAGGGUUCACGUUUCGUUUUAGAGAACAGUGAUAUUAUUUAAAGAAUACUAUUACCAUUAUGUGUUUUGAAUUGAAAUAAUAUUUUAAUGACUAAUUUUUUUUUUACAUGUAUUUUAUGUUUGUGCCAAGCUUUUCUUUUAGCUGAAUGAUUUUUAUAGGAAAAAAUAAUUUGUACAUAGCUCAUUUCAUUUGUGUAAAAUUUUAAGUACAUUCCAUAACAAUAUAAUAACAUGUACUAUAGAAAUAAAUAAAUUGCUUAGCAUUUAAGAAUUUUAAAAAA